CCACUUCCCUCGCCAGACAUCAGCCAGCCUCACAGGUGAACGCAGCUCUCUCUGCCUCAGCUUCUCUUCUCUCUCCCCCUCUCUCUCUCCCUCUGCCUCACACACACACUCACACACACACGCAUUGAUCAGUGUGUCUGCAGCUGCACCAGAGCGCACAGAGACCCUUCACCACCCGGACCUCACGCACCGGGGCUGCACAACCACUCAACAAGGAGCCCUGCAGGAAAACCCGCUGCACUUUGCAACAAAACGAGGAUCUACGACUCCCGAGGAAGACUGCUUUAUUUCCUUCUGUCCUUUUUUUGUUGUUGCUGCUGCUGCGCCGGUGAAUCUCCUUAUUUGAGCGUGCCACAAUGUCCGAGGUGCUGCCAUACAACGAGGGCAAGAUGAACGGCUACGGGGCUGACAGCGAGGUCAGCCAGAUGUCCUUUAGCUGCGGACUGCAGGACACCAGCGCCUUUUUCGCCGCGUCGCAAGCGAAGAGACCCCCAAAGCUGGGCCAGAUCGGGAGAGCCAAACGAGUGGUCAUCGAGGACGACCGGAUAGACGAGGUGCUGAAGGGGAUGACGGACAAGUCCUCACCUGGCGUCUAAAACGUCAACGAUGCCUUGCAGACUUUUUUAAUUUUCGAUCACCGAUUUGAAGCACUUGUCGGCUGUGCAUGUUCGAGGAUUGCGGGAGAAAAAAAAACGGCAGCUGGAAGCCAGGAUGGGAUGACGGCCAUGAAAUGAGAAGAGGAAAACGGAGAGGGUUUAUAGGGAGAGAAUGACGGAAUCUGGAAAAGACCAAGAUUUAUCAUGGGAUUGCUGGCAAUUCUCCAAAACGAAUCCCGAUUUUGACUACUGGCUGAGAAGCAAGAUGUUGAGAUGGCGGACCCCGCUCUGUAUCUCAACCUCUGCUGACCUAAAAUGAUGGCUGAACUUGUCAUUACUUCACGAGCAUCUCUAUCUGUUCCUAAAGCGCUGUAAGCAACAAAACAGCAGGGGGCGGAGCUAAAUCCCAGCCCUGUUUCGAUAAGUUGUACAGUAGGCAGGCUAAGCCCUUAUCACGACCCUCCCUCCCCCAAUAGGCUUUGCUUUGUUGAGUCAGUCAGCGACAGUGCAUUCAAGGGAGCUGUCUUUCAGCACUGGUCCAAUGCAUUCCUGUUGCUGCUAAUGCUUUUUUUUUCCUUUCAAAAAAAAAGAAGAAAAAUACAGACCAACCAAACUCUCAAAUAGAGGACACUCAUUGUAUGUAUAAAACGUAUAUCCGAGGAUGGUGCAAUGUUAAUCUUUUCUGUAGUGAAACCCCACUUGUUUUCAGCAUUAGAUUAGGCCUCGGAUGAAACUGAGAAACUUCUUCCAUUACCCAUCGGUGGUUAAUGGUGCAGGCUGGCACCUUCAUGUAGCUGAUUUACACCUGCACAUAUCUUUUUUUUUUUUCCUCUUUCACUUAGCAUUUUCAAGCACUCAGAAAUAUCUUCAGAGGCCAGCAAAAAUGUGGAGUUUCAAGCAAAUGUUUUGAACAGUAGUCAUGAAAUUGAUGGGAAAAAAAUGAUUUCUAUAAUUAGUUUAUUUUGCAAUUAUUUGUGUUUUCGUGCUCUAUGAAUUCAACAUUUUUUCUCCAUCUAUUUGCAUGAACUGUCACUCCAGGUGCCAACACAGGUGCCGCCACUCUUACCCUGGCACGCUUCUUUUUAACAAAAGUCAUAUUUGUAUUUUUAUAUCUAAAUAUUUGUUAUUUAAAUUAUAUGCUAGUCUAUCGUCUUACAGUUCAUCAACAGAAAUAUUUGUACUUCAGAGAGGAUACUGAAUGAGACUGGGCUUCACAGGGGCGAAUCUAAGAUUUUGGUGGACUCGUCUCACUCUAUAUCAAAGGUCAAACAUUUUUUUAAAGACUAACUGAAUGUGUCUGGGGUUUUUGCACACAUCAAUGUUAAACUAUUAUUAAGAAAUCGUAUACUGUGACUUGAGCUUCGUUGAUGAAUUUGUUAGAAAAUGGCAGUUUUAGAGUAUAUUGCACUGUUUACGAGUAUCCUCAAAUAACACGUCGUUAUUUGACCGAUUUUGGACAUUACAGUUUUUGUUUUUUUAAUUUUGUUUAUUUUGUACCAUUAUUUUAAAAGAAACUGGAUAUGGUUUGUUGUGCAUGACACCUUAAUAUUUUCAAUAACGAAACAUUGUUUUAUGAGGCAAAAAAGUUACAAAAAUGUCAUGACAUUCUAAGAAUGAGUCAUUGUAUAUUAUGAUGCCAUUUUCACUGUAUUUGGUGAAUUAAUAAAUGGUGACAGAAAAUGUUAA